GGGAGGGGGCGGCGAGCCCGGCCCCAGGAGAGCUGCCGAGGAGACCCUUUCCCCUUUCCCCUCGUUGCCAUGGCAAAACAAGCAGCUGUCAUUAAUAACCGAUUGCUAUGGCAACCGCUGGACGAGCGCGGCGGUUCUCCGGGGGUCUGCAUGUGCUUCGGCAAGAGCCCCUCAUUCUGGCAUAGGCCCGCACGGCUCGGGGCUGGAAGCGGCUGCGGUACGGCUCGACCGUACCCCGCACGCACCCAGCCGGGGCCGUGCCAGUCCCCCCGGGGACGGACCGGUGGGGAGGCGGAACGGUGUCCCGCACUGCGGCUGCUGCCGCGGCGGACACCGCUGCUCGCAACCUUUAACCGUGGGACGGGCCGGCACGGCCGCUCCAGGGAUGCUGUCGUUCUCCGGGCGCAGCAGCGAGCGCCGGGCCGAGCAGAGCCCCGCGGCUGCAACUCGCGGGGCGGCGCAGACGGUGCAAACGCACGGAGGGUCGGGAGCAGCGGCGCUCCCCACACGGCCCCGCUCCGCCAGCGGCCCCGGGACGCGCUGCUGCUGGAAGAGCCGCGCGGGGGCGGCCCCGGCGUGGGGGCUGCCGGUGCGCGGGACGGCCGUGCCCUCCCGGCUGUGGCCAGCUGCUCGGUGGGAGCGGGGCCCGCCUGGGGAAGCUCACGGCACCGGGUGCCGCGGGCGGGGCUCCGCCUGCUCUCUUUCCCCGGUUCGGGUCCCGCCGGGGUGGGAGUGCGGGCUCUGCGGAAGGCGCCCGCGCUCGGGCGCCGAGCGCGCCGCUGAGCCCCUUCUCUCCCCGCAGGUCUGCUGUGCCCGGGGCGGCUUCGCGGGACGCGGCGGAGGCCCGGCCCGGCCCGGCUCGUCGCCAUGGUGCCGCGGCCGGCGCUGCCCGUCCUGGCGCACUCGGUGCUGGCGGCGCUGCUGCUCUCGGCGGCGCAGGAGCCCGUGCCGCGGGUCAGUCUGCCCUAUGACUCAGCUGAGCGUGUGGUGCAGCGCUUCGAGGUGCCCGGCGUCUCCAACUACACAGCGCUGCUGCUGAGCCCGGAUGGCGGCACGCUGUACCUGGGUGCACGUGAGGUGCUCUUUGCUGUCAACACCAGCCACUUCCAGCACAGCGUGCUGGCCCACAGGCUGCCUUGGGGUGCAGAUGAGGAGAAGAAGAGGCAGUGCGUGUUCAAGGGCAAGGACCCCCAGAGGGACUGUCACAACUACAUCAAGAUGCUGCUGCAGCUGAACAGCACCCACCUCUACACGUGCGGGACCUGUGCCUUCAGCCCCACCUGCGCCUACAUUAACGUGCAGCACUUCUCCCUGGAGCGGGACGGGUUGGGAAGGGUGCUGCUGGAGGACGGGAAGGGACGUUGCCCCUUCGACCCCGAGUACCGCUCCACCGCCGUCAUGGUCGAUGGGGAGCUGUACGCUGGGACUGUCAGCAACUUCCAGGGCAACGAGCCCACCAUCUACCGCAGCCAGGAGAGCCGCAUUUCCCUGAAGACAGAGAACUCCCUCAGCUGGCUGCAGGACCCGGUGUUCGUGGGCUCAGCCUUCCUGCAGGAGAGCCUGCCCGCCGGCAACCCCGACGGCGAUGAUGACAAGGUCUACUUUUUCUUCAGCGAGACCGGCAAGGAGUUUGACUACUUUGAGAACACCAUUGUGUCGCGCAUCGCACGCGUGUGCAAGGGGGACCAGGGUGGGGAGCGGGUCCUGCAGCGGCGGUGGACGACAUUCCUGAAGGCGCAGCUGCUCUGCUCGCACCCCGAGGACGGCUUCCCCUUCAACGUGCUGCAGGACGUCUUUGUGCUCACGCCCGGGGAGCAGCGCUGGAGGGAGACGCUGUUCUACGGGGUCUUCACGUCGCAAUGGAACAAGGGCGGCCUGGGCAGCUCGGCGGUGUGCGCCUUCCCCAUGCACAGCGUGCAGAAGGCCUUUGGUGGGCUCUACAAGGAGGUGAACCGUGAGACGCAGCAGUGGUACACCGACACCAGCCCGGUACCAGAACCGCGGCCAGGCACGUGCAUCACCAGCCACACGCGGCACCUGAAGAUCAACUCGUCCCUGCAGAUGCCGGACCGCGUGCUGAACUUUGUCAAAGAUCACUUCUUGAUGGACAGCCCGGUGCGCAGCCAGCCGCUGCUGCUGCAGAGCCGCCUGCGCUACCAGCAGAUCGGCGUGCACCGCGUGCAGGGGCUGCGCGGCACCUACGACGUCCUCUUCCUGGGCACGGAUGAUGGCCGCUUGCACAAGGCGGUGCGUGUGAACCACCGGGUGCACAUCAUCGAGGAGAUCCGCCUCUUCCCCACUGGCCAGCCCGUCCUGCAGUUGCUGCUGGACCACGAACAGGGCCUGGUCUAUGCAGCCUCCUACACGGCGGUGGCUCAGGUGCCCUUCUCCAACUGCAGCCUGUACCGCAGCUGCGGUGAGUGCGUGCUGGCACGGGAUCCCUUCUGUGCCUGGAGCCACGGCGCCUGCCGCAGCACUACCCCGCACCCCCCGGCGCAUCCCCAGCUGUGGGUGCAGGACAUCGAAGGUGCCGAGACAGAGCGGCUCUGCCAACCAACCAACGUGUCCCAGCCCCGGCCCCGCGUCCUGCUGCCUCCAGCCUCGGGCAGCCCGUGCCAGCGGAUCCAGCUCCCGCCCAAUGCGGUGCAGCCGCUGCCGUGCCGGCUGCUCUCCAACCUGGCGUCGCGGCGCUGGCUGCACAACGGGACCCCGGUCAAUGCCUCCUAUCUGGUGCUGCCCGAGGGGGCCCUCAUCCUGGUGGGCAGCCCGGAGCGUGCGGGCACAUACGAGUGCUGGUCGCUGGAGGAGGGCUUCCGCAAGCUGAUGGCCAGCUACUGCGUGGCUGUGCAGGAGCCCGGCAGGAGGGGCUUCACCGCGCCGGAAACCGUCAGCACGUCGCGGAGCACUUCGGCCGCGGGCAGCAUCGCGGCGCGGCUGGACGGCAAGACCUACUGGACCGAGUUCCUGGUGAUGUGCGGGCUGUUCGCCGCCGCCGUGCUCGUGCUGAUGCUCUUCCUCCUGCACCGCCACUGCGACGGCGUGAAGGCGCUGGUGGAGCCCGGGGACGCCAGCCGGCACCAGAAGACGCCCCGGAAGCCGGUGGAGAGCCUGCCCCUGAACGGCAGCAGCCUGCCCAACACGGCGCCCGAGCACAAGGGCUACCAGGCGCUGCAGGACAACUACAUCGUCAGCACCCCCGUGCACGAGCCGCCGGGCGCUACGCGUGCCUUCUCCGAGUCGGAGAAGCGGCCCCUCCACGUGCGGGACAGCUUUGUGGAGGUGUCCCCCGCCUGCCAAAGACCCCGCGUGCGCCUGGGCUCCGAGAUCCAGGACUCAGUGGUGUGAGGGGACGGACAGCCUUCGCGCACCACCUCUGCUCUGCUGAGCCUCGCCGGCUGGGAUCGGUGUUCGUCUGUGUGUGCAUGCCUGGAGCCCGGCCCCGUCGCGCCGCCCACCCUGGUGGGGUGGGGGGGGUCUUGGGCACUGCCUCGGGAUGGGGCCGGCAGAGGGUACCGCACGCCUUGCAGGGGUGGUCGGACUUCUCCCAUCCCCGCGCAGGCACAGCCCCGUCUAUGCAGAGGGCUGGGGGCGGCCGCAGCCCCCUUAAGCCCCGACUCACUGUGACAUCCUGCUGGGGGCCCGGAGCUUCGUGUGCGGCCGGGCGGUGCUGGUGCGUGGUGGCCACGUGGAUGUGGUGUGUGUCUGUGCUUGGUUCGUUUUUAAUACGUUGAAAAUGUGAAUUGUGUCCUGGGGAGGGAGCAGACAGCGGUGCUCACCCUGUGCCGGGAUGAAGCGCCGUGCUGCGUAUCUCGUGUCCCCGAUGUGCGUGUGCAGAAACGUCUGUGGUUUUUAUCUAAAGUCCAGGUGUUUCCUUUGUA